GAUGCUGAAAUCAGUGCUCUUAGUUCUACUUUCCAGCUGGCUAUUCCAAGCUUUACAUUUAACUUCAGCAAGUGUUGUAAGCCUUGUGCUGAAUCAAAAUUGUAUCACACCUGGUGGAAACCCCGGCCGCUGCGUUCCGGUGCGCAGCUGCAAAUUUGUGUCCGGAAUGCUACGCAAACAGAACUUCACAACCGCCGAUCAACGAUACUUGGAGAGUUUUCGUUGUGGUAAGCUGCCUGGCAGUGGCAAGGUACUGACCUGCUGCCCGCAGCUGCAUAGUGAAGACAACUGUGGUCGAUUGACAUUGCAGGACUACAUCCUGGGAGGAGAGGAAACCGAACCGGACGAGUUUCCUUGGGUGGCUAUGCUUGGCUACAAGGACGAUAGAGGCCGAACAAUGUAUGGCUGUGGAGGCACGCUGAUCAACGAACGGUACGUCGUGACGGCUGCCCAUUGUAUCAUUAAUCAGCGUGUUCGAAAAUUGGUUGAAGUUCGGCUUGGUGAGUGGGAUAUGGACACUACUAAGGAUUGCACAACAACACGUUGUUUUGUGGACUAUCAAGAUGACUACCCCAUAGAGAAAAUUAUCGUUCAUGAGGGAUACUCUUCCCGGCAACUAAACCAGGAGCAUGACAUAGCACUUCUUAAACUAAACACCACAGUUGAGAGAACGCAUCUGGUAGAUCCGAUAUGCAUACCUUCACUUGAGAUGGCCAAUUCACUGAAGCUUUUAGGAAAAUCCUUCGAUGUAUCUGGCUGGGGAAAGACCGAAAAUGGAUUUUCAAGUCGCCGGAAAAUGAAGGUGACCCUACCCGGGCAGCACAUGGUCAUGUGUAAUGAAGCGUUUGCUGCGGCAAAUGUGACCUUCACCGCCAAUCAGCUCUGCGUCGGAGGAUUGGGAGGAAAGGACUCCUGCAAAGGCGACUCCGGUGGACCGCUGAUGGCAAUUUUGGAAAACCGUUGGCACUUGGUGGGGAUUGUGAGUGUCGGUGCAAAAAUGUGCGGUUCGGAGGGAAUGCCCGGCGUGUAUACCCGGCUAGGCAGUUACCUGGAUUGGAUGGCGGAAAAGAUCGAGCUGGAAGGACGAGUGGAUUAGGAUGCUAGAUACUGGAGGCGAAAAGUGACUUUGAGUUUAUUACGCUAAUUUGGUUGUUAGCGGCUUUCGAAUUCACCUUGACCUUGACAGAUUCUCUUCGUCGACUUUCUCUUUGUAUUCUCUCGACGAUGUUAAGACAUUCCCAGCUAUUUUCAGCAUACAAAUCGAUGAGAGAAGCUAAUAUCUAGCUUCUAAUAUGAUAAGCACGGCAGGAAACGGUUCUGUACCAAAUUUAUUAACGACAGAGAAAGUCGAUGAAGAGAAUCGAUCAAUGUUACUUAGGACCUAAUGCAUUGUUCAGCUUGAAAUGUUAAUCAGUAUAUAGAUAUAAGAUAUUUUGUUUUUCGCUC